CAGAGAGAAAUUUGCAUAUAUAUAAUAUAUAGCUACACUCGCAGGCUGGCUACAUUGAAGCACAUUUAAGUUUUAUCAAGCUUCAUGAUCAAGACUCAGCAAUCGCAACAACAAGGAAAGUGCUCAAACUUAUGUUCUUAAAAAUCAUUCCUCAAAAUGUCUAAUACAGCAACCCACACGUCUGAUAACCGGUUUAAUGGAGAGUGCGCCAAUAACAUGACGAGUAACAGGUGAAAAAUGCGAUUAUGUAAACCUUAAAAAACAGGGGUGCCGGAAGCAUGGUUGGGAACUUCUGCGAAUGCAUCAAUCCAGAGACUUGAUUUAGUAAAGUUUGUUUUGCAAAAAUGAUCUGUAACAAGUUUGGCUUGAAAAGAAAUUAAUGGCAAUACAGCAGCUUAGUCCAAAGGUUAAAGUUUAGCAAUGAUCAGUCCUCCGCAAUGUGUUGGUAAUCCGGAUGCAGAUACAAAAGAGGAAAUAGAAAAAGGAAUGAGCAGCGUGCGUGAUGAAAAAGCAACUAAAAACAUUGUAUCAAAAGAAACUGAUCCAAGCGCAGGAGUGACAAAUAAAAAAUCUCUUCCUAAAAUCCAAUGGUCAGUUGAUGAAAUUGACUAUAAAGUUUUAAAAGAAAUUUAUGAUCGUCUGGACAUAAGUGGCAGGAGUGAAGGGGAUUUGUUUGCCGCUUUAGACUGUUUCUCUCUUAAAGAAGUCGAGUUGAUGAAAAUGGAGUGUAGAAGUACAGGAGGACAAGGUCUCGCCAAACUGGCAAUAGGAAAGUGGUGUGCUCGCAGUGAAGACAAUAGUGUUGGUGCGUUUAAAACAAUUGUCUUACAGCACCUCAAAAGGAAGGAUGUUUUUGAUUUGAUCACGAAAUGGGAAGAAAAUUAAGCUGGCAAGACAAUAUUAAGCCCCUAAACUAUAAGCAGACUAUAAAAAUCUUAUCUUUUUAAUUUUCAAAUAAACGAUAUGGUAGUUCAUACGAGCUUUAAUAUGGUAUUAUAUAUGUACUGGUCUGUAGUAAUUAUGGUACUCCAUAUGAACUCUAUUUUUGUAUAAUUUAGAACUUAGAACGUUAUGCAAUUCCAGAAAUUUAUCAUAAUUCUCAAUUUCAAUAUCGUAUCUUCAUGAAAAAACCCAAUGCUCACUUUCUUUUUCAUUUGAAUGAGAAAUAGAAAAAACGAAAAUUUUCUGGGAAAGGUUUGCACGAAGCACUAAGACGUUUAACUUAUCUUUUAAAGUGACCUUGUAAAAUAUAAACUCUUAAUACCCUACUACACUACUGAAACUGAAUGUAAAGGGCAUUGCAGAAUGGAGCAAUACAAAUUAAAAACAAUAGUAGACACGAAUGUUAUCGAAA